GCGCAUUUGCUCCUAAGCGUUUGGUAAUCAGUUGGGUCGCUGUUUGAUGACGUAUUUGACAUUGUAUGGAGCGCUCUUGAAAAGUUGCUAACUAGCUAGCUUGUAAGGUCCAACCUCUGAGGUAUAACAAGAAGGGUCCAUCCAUGGCUCUUAUUUCAAGAUCAUGCAGUGGGUUCCUUGCCCAACUGUCAUCACUGACGCAUCACAAGGCUUUCAGUGUGUCAGCAGCCGCCGCAGCCAUCCAGAAGAUGACCAGGGUACGUGUUGUUGACAACAGUCCACUGGGUAAUACCCCGUGGCACCGCUCGCCUAGAGUCAUCCACGUGUACACCAAGAAUGGAGUGGGAAAGGUGGGCGACCGCGUUCUACUGGCCAUCAAGGGAGGGAAGAAAAAAGCUCUUAUCGUUGGCCACAAGAUGCCCGGAGAGCGGAUGAACCCUAGUUUUGACUCCAACAACGUUGUCCUGAUUGAAGACAACGGUAACCCUACGGGAACUAGAAUUAAAGUUCCACUACCGACACACUUGCGCAAAAUGGAAGGAGAUUAUUCCAAACUGUUGGCCAUCGCUAGCAGGUUUGUGUAGUACUGUAACAGCAGGUCCUUCGUUAAUAGCUAGCAGGUUUGUGUAGUACUGUAACAGCAGGUCCUUCGUUAAUAGCUAGCAGGUUUGUGUAGUACUGUAACAGCAGGUCCUUCGUUAAUAGUUGUGAUGACAGCCGUCGUGUCCUCGUACAGGAUCAAGUCCUAUGGGGGUGAUUCCUAACACAUUUUCUCCCAUUGAAAUCAACGUAUGACUAAGUGAAAAAUCGGACUUUAAGUGGGCUGUGUGCCCCUAUGUUAGUCAAUGGAAAUAUCUCUAAACAUCUCUCCAUGUGUUAUUGGUAAUGAAACCAUGUUAUGGCCUGUUGUCAAUGUAUCAGACCUUUUUUCUCCACAAAGUCUCAUGUCAUUUUAUGUUUGUUUUGAUAAAUAAAAUGUACAUAAUUCAAAUGAA